AUGAAGCGCCUAUCUAAGGGCGAAGCCGACCGUCGCUCUCCCUCCGACGACGAGGAAGAACCGGUGGUGAUCCCUGCUUUUGACAACUCUGCUUUAAUAGCAAGAUUUCGCCUCACUCUCAUUGGAAGAUCUUUCCAUACCGGUGGUCGAAGCACUGAAGCUCUGCUUGCUUUCAUGCCAAGAUCCGGUAUCGCUGGUCGUUGGACUUUUGCUCUUGAACGAUGGGAGCCAAAUAUCCGGGAUGACUUCCCGAGCUCUGUAACUUUUUGGAUAACCGUACACAGCAUUCCUCUCCACUUUUGGGUGGAAGACGCCUUUAGGAGAAUCGGCGAAGCUCUAGGAACUGUUACGGUGGUGGAUGCCGAAGAAGGUCGAGUCUCUGUAGUGGUUAAUGUCGCUCGACCUCUGCGCUUCAAGAAGAAAGUUCGCUUUGACUCCGGUGAUGAAGUCACCGUCUCUCUGGAAUAUGAGCGUCUGUACCGCUUUUGCUUGCACUGUAGAAUGAUCUCCCAAGAGGUGAUGUCAUGCCCUCUCCUCACUGAAGCUGACCGUCGAAGACUUAGAGAGGAGAGACUCUCGCUACAUCCUCUAGAUCCCGCUCGUUCUAACCGGAAUGUGUCUGAAGCUGACCGUUGCCGCCCUCCCUCUUGCAGAGAUGAAGACCAGAACAGAUCUGGAAGAGGCUCAUCUCACCUCGGGAACUCCAGCCGCCACCUUGAAGGUCGUGCCUCUGCUCCAAGCAAGGAUGUUACUUCUCCCUCUCGUGCUCUCCACUCAAAAAAAGACUCUGUCUGGAAGCGUAUUGGCGGAGAUCCGGCCUCAAAUCCUCCCCGUAUCCGGGAGCAAUCCAUCCAGUCAUCAUCAGACUCCAGAAAGCAACGCCCAAAUGAUGUUGUUAUGUCAAGUCGGGAGCACCUCCGCGGCUCGCAGAGGAGUGGUCACUCUCGCGAUCAAGCCCAAUACCGCAGGAAAUCCACCUCUGCUCAGCUCCAGCGCUCCCCACCUCGUACUGAUCCGAGUUUCAAGCAAUGGGGUAGCUCACAUCCUCCUCGCCACCGCUCGAGUAACGAACCAUCUUCUUCUCCACCCCCACCAGUGAGAAAUUCGGUUCCAAAUGACAAAGGAAAAGGAAAAGCGAUCGCAGAGGAGGAAGACGAGGAUGCCAACAGUGAUGCUGGCUCUGGUGUGGUACAUUCUCCGCCAUUUGACGAGAUAAUCCCCGAUGUGGAGGAACCGUUUAAGGGGCCUUUAACCCCUGUUCCGGAAACUGAUGAUGGUGGUAGUUUUCUCGGAAAUGACUCUGUUCCCACCGACUGGGAAGAUCGAGCUGAAGGCAUGGAGGAGGAUACCAAGCUUACCGAAGACGAUCUCAGGCUUUUAGAGGAAUGCGAGAAAGCGAUGAUGCUCGAAAGUCUCAUGGAGGAGGACGAUCUACUCGGUGAAGACUUUGCUGCAAAGGGGAGAUUGAGGAAAGCUUGGAGCGCACGCUUUCUGAGGUUGCGAUCCCGAAAAGCUCAAGUGUGGCUCCUGCGAUCUCUCAGUCCCCGACUAGCAAACGGGUGA